CAGGAAAUACUGGCUAAGAUCCCACAAUGGAAGACGGGAAGCCCGUCUGGGCUCCACACCCGACUGAUGGGUUUCAGAUGGGCAUGAUUGUGGACAUUGGCCCUGACAACUUAACUAUUGAGCCUUUGAAUCAGAAAGGCAAGACUUUCCAGGCUGCUAUCAAUCAAGUGUUUCCUGCAGAAGAGGAUAGCAAAAAGGAUGUAGAAGAUAAUUGUUCCCUGAUGUAUUUAAAUGAGGCCACUCUCCUUCACAAUAUCAAAGUUCGAUACAGUAAGGACAGAAUUUACACCUAUGUAGCCAACAUUCUUAUUGCAGUGAAUCCAUACUUUGAUAUACCUAAGUUUUAUUCUUCAGAGACUAUUAAAAAUUACCAGGGUAAAUCACUUGGAACUUUGCCACCACAUGUUUUUGCUAUUGCUGAUAAAGCAUUCCGUGACAUGAAAGUGCUCAAGAUGAGUCAGUCCAUCAUAGUCUCGGGAGAAUCAGGAGCUGGCAAGACAGAAAACACUAAAUUUGUUUUGAGGUAUUUGACAGAAUCCUAUGGUAGUGGCCAAGAUAUUGAUGAUAGAAUUGUAGAAGCAAAUCCCCUAUUAGAAGCUUUUGGAAAUGCGAAGACUGUUCGCAACAAUAACAGCAGUCGAUUUGGGAAAUUUGUGGAAAUUCACUUCAAUGAAAAGAACUCGGUGGUUGGUGGAUUUGUAUCACACUACCUUCUGGAGAAAUCAAGGAUCUGUGUGCAAGGAAAAGAAGAGAGGAAUUAUCAUAUUUUUUACAGGCUUUGUGCUGGUGCUCCAGAAGACAUUAGGGAAAAGUUGUAUCUUAGUUCUCCUGACAACUUUAGGUAUUUAAAUCGAGGCUGUACCAGAUUCUUUGCAAACAAAGAAACAGACAAGCAGAUUUCUCAAAAUCGCAAGAGCCCUGAGUAUCUUAAAGAAGGUUCCUUGAAGGAUCCACUGUUAGAUGAUCAUGGAGAUUUCAAAAGAAUGUGCACAGCAAUGAAAAAGAUUGGACUGGAUGAUGAAGAAAAACUUGAUCUUUUUAGAGUAGUGGCUGGUGUUCUUCACCUUGGAAAUAUUGAUUUCGAGGAAGCUGGGAGUACUUCAGGGGGCUGCACGCUGAGGCCGCAGAGCCAACCCGCGCUGGAGCGCUGUGCCACUCUGCUCGGGCUGGACCAGGAUGACCUUCGUGGCAGCCUCACCACGCGUGUCAUGCUCACCACGGCAGGGGGCACCAAAGGAACGGUCAUCAAGGUACCCUUGAAAGUGGAACAAGCAAACAAUGCUCGUGAUGCCUUGGCUAAAACAGUCUAUAGUCAUCUGUUUGACCAUGUAGUGAAAAGGGUAAACCAGUGCUUUCCAUUUGAGACUUCUUCUUUCUUCAUUGGAGUUCUAGAUAUAGCUGGGUUUGAAUACUUUGAACGCAACAGUUUUGAACAAUUCUGUAUUAACUACUGUAAUGAAAAGCUGCAGCAGUUUUUUAAUGAAAGAAUUCUGAAAGAGGAACAAGAACUCUACCAGAAAGAAGGCCUGGGGGUUAAUGAAGUGCGCUAUGUAGAUAAUCAGGACUGUAUAGAUUUGAUUGAAGCAAAAUUAGUAGGGAUACUGGAUAUUUUGGAUGAAGAAAAUCGUCUUCCCCAACCAAGUGACCAGCAUUUUACUUCAGUUGUGCACCAAAAACACAAGGAUCAUUUCAGGCUCUCUAUUCCUAGAAAGUCAAAAUUGGCUGUGCACAGAAAUAUCAGAGAUGAUGAAGGCUUUAUUAUCCGACACUUUGCAGGAGCAGUGUGCUAUGAGACGAUGCAAUUUGUGGAAAAAAACAAUGAUGCUCUGCACAUGUCCCUUCAGUCUCUUAUAUGUGAAUCCAAGGACAAGUUUGUUCGAGAGCUGUUUGAAGCUAACACUAACAACAACAAGGAUCCCAAACAGAAAGCUGGGAAACUUAGUUUCAUCAGUGUGGGAAACAAAUUCAAGACUCAGCUAAACUUGCUUCUUGAGAAGCUUCACAGUACUGGGUCUAGCUUUAUUCGCUGUAUCAAACCUAAUUUAAAGAUGACAAAUCACCAUUUUGAAGGAGGACAGAUCCUCUCUCAGCUUCAGUGUUCAGGGAUGGUGGCAGUUCUGGAUUUGAUGCAAGGUGGUUUUCCUUCACGAGCUUCAUUUCAUGAACUAUAUAAUAUGUACAAGAAAUACUUGCCUGAUAAAUUGGCUCGGCUGGACCCAAGGCUCUUCUGCAAAGCACUAUUUAAAGCCUUGGGACUGAAUGAAAAUGAUUACAAAUUUGGGCUAACCAAGGUGUUUUUUAGACCUGGCAAGUUUGCAGAGUUUGAUCAGAUAAUGAAGUCCGAUCCGGAUCACUUAGCAGAGCUGGUUAAAAGAGUGAAUCGUUGGCUUAUCUGCAGUCGUUGGAAAAAAGUUCAGUGGUGUUCGCUCUCGGUGAUUAAAUUGAAAAAUAAGAUAAAAUACCGAGCCAGUGCCUGCAUUAAAAUACAAAAGACUAUUCGUAUGUGGCUUUGCAAGAGAAAGCACAAACCACGCAUUGAUGGCCUGAUAAAAGUGCGUACGCUGAAGAAGAGACUUGAUAAGUUUAAUGAAGUAGUAAGCGCUCUGAAGGAGGGGAAAGCAGAGACAAGCAAGCAGGUCAAGGAGCUGGAGUGUUCUAUUGAUGCAUCAAUGACCAAAAUUAAGACUACUAUAAUGACUAGGGAACAGAUACAGAAAGAAUAUGAUGCUUUGCUUAAAAGCUCAGAGCAGCUUCUGGGUGCACUGCAAAAGAAGAAGCAGCAAGAGGAGGAAGCAGAAAGGCUACGACGCAUCCAGGAGGAAAUGGAAAAAGAAAGAAAGAGACGUGAAGAGGAAGACCAAAAACGAAAGAAGGAUGAAGAGGAAAGACGUCUGAAAUCCGAGAUUGAGGCAAAGAGAAAACAGGGAGAGGAAAAGAGGAAAAAACGAGAAGAGGAAGAAAAGCGUAUUCAGGCUGAAAUUGAGGCUCAGCUAGCUAGAGAACGAGAAGAAGAAACCCAACACCAGGCAGUGCUUGAACAGGAACGUCGUGACCAUGAACUUGCAAUGAGAAUUGCCCAGAGUGAGGCAGAACUCAUCAGUGAUGAGGCUCAGCUUGAUUUAGGACUGCGCAGAGCCAAUGGAAGAAAGCCACAAAUGACUGCGGAACAAAUGGCCACAGAAAUGUCAGAAAUAUUGUCUAGGGGUCCUGCAGUGCAAGCCACCAAAGCUGCUGCUGGUAAUAAGAAGCAUGAUCUCAGUAAGUGGAAAUAUGCAGAGCUUCGUGAUACAAUCAAUACCUCCUGUGAUAUUGAACUGUUGGCAGCUUGCAGAGAAGAGUUCCACCGAAGGCUAAAGGUGUAUCAUGCUUGGAAAUCCAAGAAUAAGAAACGCAAUGCAGAAACAGAACAACGUGCUCCCAAAUCAGUCACAGACUAUGAUUUUGCACCAUUUAUGAGCAACUCAACACAACAGAACCCAACAGCCCAGCUACCAGGCAGGCAGCAGGAGAUUGAAAUGAACAGACAACAGCGUUACUUCCGCAUUCCCUUCAUCCGCCCCGCGGACCAGUACAAAGAUCCCCAGAACAAGAAGAAGGGCUGGUGGUAUGCACAUUUUGAUGGGCCAUGGAUUGCUCGACAAAUGGAACUUCAUCCUGACAAGGCACCCAUUCUGCUUGUAGCAGGUAAGGAUGAUAUGGAUAUGUGUGAGCUUAAUCUUGAAGAGACUGGCUUAACCCGAAAGCGAGGGGCUGAAAUUUUGCCGAGACACUUUGAAGAAAUUUGGGAGCGCUGUGGAGGUAUCCAGUAUCUUCAGAAUGCAAUUGCAAGCAGACAAGCUCGUCCUACGUACGCUACGGCGAUGCUGCAGAACCUGUUGAAAUAAAUGGGCAUCUUUCACAGUAGCAUUUGAGAUGAGAACCCUUGCCCAUGAUACAAAGGGAAGAAUUCCUCUGUGCAGCAGAGGAUGUAAACAUUCUAUAAUCAUAUUAGAGAUGUUUAAUAUAAAGUGAACAGAUUUUAUUAAUCAUGUGGUUUGUUAAUUUGUACUUUAUGAUGCUUAAUUUGUGUAGUGAACUUUACUAGGUAUGAGGACCUUGAAGGAACUUCAGUCAGUGUAGUUUGUUGCAUUUUGUUUAUAUGUUGCAUUUUCUUUAGCAGUUUCUGUUAUAACUCUAAACACUUUUAAGCAAUCUGUCUGUACUUGGGUACAUAUUACAAAGAACUGCAUUGCAACCAGCUUUUUAUAACAUUCUUUCUUUAAAACACUGAAUAAUUGGCUUCAAGUGGUGGCCUAGUAAAAAGGACAUGCUGUUUCUAAUAACUGGAAUUGUGAGGCCUUAGCUUUGACUUCUGUUACGGAGAAGUUGGAGUAUACUUUUAUAUAAUCUGAGACAUUUUAUGUCCUGAUUUGCAAACUCUUAGUGUCUG